UUUACCCGCCUCCGGUCCCGAGUAAUCCUUCAGCAGACACAAACGGGGAAAUUGCUUAGAUGAACAUGAACAUCCCGGAAUUCCUCGUCAAUUAAGGUUCUCUCAAGCUCAAUUUCUCGUAUGUCUAUCUAUUGAAUGUCAAUGGCAACAAAACCUUUUUGUCGAUCAGAGAUCAGAAACUGGAAACGAAGUUCAGUGAGAAAUGGUGGCUACCAAGGCGAAAGACUGCCUGGUCGCGGGUCUGCCUACUGAGGAUAAUCGCAUCCGUAAGAGUGCGAUGGGAAGUUUUAAGGUCUAUACGGAGAAAGAUAAGAUUAAAGUUGAUUCCAGUUGCAAGAAACCUGUAACAAUAAAGAAGGGGUCUUCAGCAGAUUGUGCGAUUCAAUCAAAGGGAGGCCUGCAACGCUCAUCGAAGAAUGCAGACAAAAUUGAAGUCUCUGGGCCCAAAAGCAUGGUAAGAAGAGUAUUGGCAGAUGUGAGUAACGUCCGAGUCAACUCUUCGAGGAAAACAGUGCAAGAUGGCUCCAAGCAUAAGGCUACAAUUGGGACUAGAGCUAGCAGUACAGUCCGUGUCCCACUUAGGAAAUCAUUGCCAUUGGGAAAGGCAGUGAAGAAUUCAGGCGAAGCUGUUCGUGACUUACAUGCUUCAAGAAAAGGGUGUGUCGAAGAUUCAAAAGGGUUUUCAGUCUAUGAAACAAACAAAAUAGAUGGAAGCUGUGAAUCCAGUACUUUAAAUGCCAGGAGAACUAGGACGAUGUCUCUUGUUGAAACAAGGAGAUCUUUACCAGUGCUAAAGAGGAUGAACCAGGCAACUGCUUUGAACCCGAAGGAAGUUACUGAGAAGCUAGAAAAUGCCAAGGGAUUUCAAGCAUGUAUGACUAAAUCUGGCAAGAAUGCAGUAACCCAAGCAAAAAAUACAAGAAUUCAGCUAUGGAAAAACCGAGUGAGCGAUGGCCACGUUAUAAUGGGUCAAGCCAAGGUGGACACAAAUGCAACGUCGAAGAAGUCUAGUAAGCCCAUUGUAAGGACCACGAAGAAGGCUUCUGGUACUCAAGAGGCAUCAAAACCCAAAUAUGCAACAGUUGUAAUCAAAUCAAUUUCUAAUACUGCAUCAUCAUCCGCGAUUGUGAAACCGUCGACAUCUCUUUGUGAGGAUAUAACUAAUGUGUCCAUUCAAGAGAAGGAUGCAUCUGAACCUACUUGUAAUCCAAGUACGAGUACGGAUUUCUCUUUCAGGAAAAAAGUUGGUCGUAGGAGAUCGUAUACAUCCUUGUUGGUUGUUGGAGCGAAGUUGCUGGACAAAUGUGCUGUAGAUACAGGGCUAGCUAACCUACCCAGUAUUGACAAUGACUUCAACCAAAUGGAGGUUGCUGAAUACGUUGAGGAGAUAUAUCAGUAUUAUUGGGUUAUAGAGGCACAAAGUUCGUCUCUUUCAAAUUACUUAUCAGUACAAACAGAAAUUACCCCCCUUAUGCGAGGCAUUUUGAUCAACUGGUUGAUUGAAGUACACUUCAAAUUUGACUUGAUGCCUGAAACACUAUUUCUCUCUGUUACAUUGUUUGACCGGUAUCUCUCCCAAGUCAUAAUAAAAAAGAAUGAAAUGCAGUUGCUUGGUCUUACUGCACUGUUGUUGGCAUCGAAAUAUGAAGAUUUUUGGCAUCCUAGGGUUAAGGAUCUAAUUAGCAUUUCAGCUGAGUCUUACUCAAGACAGCAAAUGCUACAAAUGGAAGCACUCAUUCUUAAGAAGUUGAAGUUUCGCCUGAACAUGCCUACUCCAUAUGUUUUCAUGUUAAGGUUUCUCAAGGCUGCUCAGUCUAAUACUCAGCUUGAACACUUGUCAUUUUACUUGAUCGAACUGACCUUGGUUGAAUACGAAGCUCUUAGUUUUAAGCCGUCGUUGUUGUGUGCAUCGGCGAUAUAUGUUGCACGGUGUAUGCUGCGGAUAAGUCCAUAUUGGACUCCACUACUAAACAAACAUGCACGCUACGAAGUGUCCCAAAUAAGGGAAUGCGCUGAGAUGAUCUUGAAAUUUCACCAAUCUGCUCAACUGGGACAGCUGAAAGUCACGUAUGAGAAGUACAUGAAAUCUGAUUUUAGUGCUGUUGCAGCUGUGAAACCACUGGAGAAGCUUCCUCCUUGAUUUUUAUUCUCAUUAUUUGUAAUUCAUUUGAUGUUAGUAGGUAAACUUUCCCCUCGUCACUGGAUCCCCUUUCUUUCAGCUGAAGCAUGGUCUAUAUACCCGCUGUAUUAACCUUUUACGAAUCCCCACAGGAAGCAUACUUGUGGGUGUAGAACUGUAAUACUAUAGAAGGUCACGGCCACGGCUCACAAUAGUGCAGGAGUCCUGGCCAUGCAUGGCGUCUAUCUUCUCCGGCUUUGUGUUUGUGCCAUUCGUUACAGUUGUGUAGUCUUUGACUCUUGUAACAGUUCGUAUUCCAUCUCGGUAUAGGUUGUGUUAGAAUCCAACCUCUUUUGAGUUCAUAAUAA